GAGACAUGAGAGAACCCGCAAGUGCAGUGUGCCCUCGGCGAUGGAGUCGAUGCUAACACGAUUCUAGACUCAAAUACCAGACCCUUUCAGUGCGAAGAGUGUGGAAGAAGCUUCGGGCGAGGCGACGUCCUUGGACGACACAAGAGACUUCAUGCUCGUUCACGAGACAAGGCUAGCCAGCCCAAAGACAACCAAGGCGAUGAAGCUCUCCAGACAUGCUCCGAUGCCUCAACACAGAACGUCCUCACCAUGCCACCGUUCGAACCCCCCUUCUCAGAAGAUCAACACACUACACUGGACUCCAAUAUAUUAGACUGGUUCAUUCCUGACUUCUGGGGUUCCUCGUCCCUCCCUGUACUCGAGACUUUAGACUCAAUUCAGUCACAAUCGCUCCAUGGGACAGGACUUUUGCCUCUCGACGAAUCAAUAGCCGGGCAUGAAACUGGGGCUGGUAAAGCGGCCAUGCAACAAAGCUAUCGACUGAUCGAGGAUCUCUCCAAGCGGCUGAAUGCCGAAUUGCACAACUCGGGUAUCACAUCCAGCUUCCUAGACGCCUGCCUCCAGGAAUUCUUCGAUCGCAUCUCUCCCUGUUUCCCAGUCAUUCACAGGCCUACCUUCGUACCCCGUGAGACCAUUCCUCCGCUUCUUCUCAACAUGGUAGCCCUGGGUUCUCUAUUCGUAUGCCUACCUGACUCAGCACACAAGGGCGAAAUGCUAUGGCGUCUCGGCCACUCCACCGUGGCUACCUCCUGGCAAACGCUCAUCACCCAUCGGGGACCGCGCGACGCAUGCGACGGGGUGCAACUCGUUCUUACCGCGCUGUUGGGUCAACUCUUUGCUCUGCUCUCUAGCAAUGAAAGCAUUCGAACCACCGCCUUUGUCUGGCACGGGCUCGGCUUUUACUGGGCUCGUACGUGCGGGAUGUACGCUGUCGCCGAGCUCCAAACCCCGCCUACGAUGCCUUGCCCUCCGCAAGAACUACAAGCGCACUGGCACCGCUGGACGACUGUUGAGACCCAGAAACGGGCCAUCCUAGGCCAUUACAUUCUGGACGGAUUGAUCUCUCAGACAUCCGGCGCCCCAGCCUCCGCCCGCCACCUCAUCAACUCUUUGCGCACGGCCGGCUCUGACGUCGUCUUCCAAGCCCAGACAGCAAACGACUGGCUCGACCAACUACAGCAACCGGAGUCAUUCCUCCAUGAUAUGCCUUUUGGCGAGGUCUACUUCUCAAUCUUUGCCUCGACGUACCCAUCUCAUCCUCUCAAUCUGUCCGACUUUUCGAUCUUUGUAAUCCUCGAAGGCUUUCAGAGCUUAGUGUCUGAUCUCCAUGAAAUUGGGAAAGGCAAGCCGGCAAUUGGGACGAUUACCGAGCGCCAGAUCCUUCAAGCGCUCUUGAACAUCUACGAGGUUCAUCUCCGUCACCGUUUGGGGUCGUUGUCCUCACCAUCCAACCUAUCAUCAUCCUGCCUCCCGCCACAUAAACCAGGGGACUCAUUCCAACUCCUCAUCAGGUGGCAUACCGUCUGUCUCGAGCUUGCACUACCCACAGCUAGUUUCUAUAGAUCCCUCUGCCAAAGUCACUCUCACCUUCCUCGUACGAUAGGAGACCACCAGUCCAAAGCCGCAGCUAGCACCAGUACCAACUUCACAGUCCGAGGAACAGCAAAACCCAUGACAGAUCCACCACCCUCAGACCAUCAAAACCACCACCAGCAACAACCACCACCAUUAGUCCCCGUCACCAGAACUUCCCCACCCCUCCGCGCCCUCCUCAACGCCCUAACCAUAACGCGCCUCCUCAAUCGCCUUCCCUUCCACCAAGCCCACAGCCCGCACAUCCCCGCCGCCAUCUUCGCCACCGCAGUCACGAUAGCAGGAUGGUAUCUCUCCCGCAAAAAGGAGAAGAUAUUCGUCAUCGCGGACGCGCAAGAUUUCCUGGAUGGGUGGAACUGGGCUGAGGUAUUGGGGGUUCGUCCAUCUGGGCCAGAGGAAGGUGACGCUGAUGGACGUGGGGGUGGCUGUACGGAAAGAGCCGCAGCGGCAGAGGAGGAGAUGGAGCAUCGUUUCCUUUGUGAUGCUGACGGCUCAGGUGUAGCGGUGCAUCUGCUUCAGGAAUUAAACUCCUUGGUGAUCUGCUUGGAAACGGUUGUGGCGCGGUGGCAAAUCAGCGGGGUGAUGGCGGAGAUGGUGAGAGGGUUGAUGGGGCUGUGCUCUGACUUUAGGGGAUUGUAGCUACGGUAGUGGAUAUACUACACUUACUAGGCGUAGACACAAGUGUAGGAAUGGGUGUUAUUCGUGCAGUGAAUGUAGAGUUAUAUCAAGCCCCAAAUACAUUUUAUACAUAAACAGCAUUCGUCAAUCUACAUGCUGCUUUAGCGAAGAUCAUAC